CUGCGCCGCGUCGGGACCAGUCGGCAGCUCCUGCAUCCCGGGCUGCGAGCAUCCUUCGGGCGGGGGCUGGUACCGCGGCGCCUCCGCACCGGGCUCCGCGUCUCGGCUGCCCCGGCCUAAGCUAGGCCAUGGCGGAGAUCACCAGUGUGCACCCCAGCUUCGAUGUCUCUCCAGUUGUGGCAGGCCUCAUCGGUGCUACCGUCCUGGUGGUUUCUGUCUCAGUAACAGUUUUUGUGUGGACAUGCUGUCACCAGCAAGCAGAAAAGAAGCACAAAACCCCACCAUAUAAAUUCAUCCACAUGUUGAAAGGCAUCAGCAUCUACCCGGAGACCUUGAGUAACAAGAAAAAAAUCAACCGAAUCCGGAGAGACAAGAAUGGUUCUCCUAAGGAGCCUGGAAGGGGAAACCUCUUGGUGGAUGCUGCUGAAUCUGGUUUAAUAGGCUCUGAUAAGGCUCCAGAUGGGCCAAAUGCAGCUCCCUGCAUUGACCAGCUCCCAAUCAAAGUAAAUUAUGGAGAUGAACUAAGUCCAGAUCAAAGCCUCACUCCAGGAGGAAGUAAAACCUCUUCCCCCUCUUCUCCAGGGGAUGAUGUCAUGUUGGGUGAACUGACUUUCUCAGUGGACUACAACUUCCCUAAAAAAGCACUGGUAGUUACCAUUCAGGAGGCUCACGGGCUGCCAGUGAUGGAUGAGCACACUCAGAGCUCUGACCCUUAUAUCAAGAUGACAAUUCUUCCAGAUAAAAGGCAUCGAGUGAAGACUCGUGUACUUCGCAAGACACUAGACCCAGUCUUUGAUGAAACCUUCACCUUCUACGGGAUCCCGUACAGCCAGCUCCAGGAUUUGGUGCUUCACUUCCUUGUGUUGAGCUUCGAUCGUUUUUCUCGAGAUGAUGUCAUUGGAGAGGUCAUGGUGCCCCUUGCAGGGGUGGAUCCAAGCACUGGGAAAGUUCAGCUGACCAGGGAGAUCCUCAAAAGGAACAUACAGAAAUGCAUCAGCAGAGGGGAGCUUCAGGUCUCCUUGUCGUACCAGCCCGUGGCACAGAGAAUGACUGUUGUGGUGCUGAAAGCCAGACAUUUGCCAAAGAUGGAUAUCACUGGCCUCUCAGGUAAUCCCUACGUGAAGGUGAAUGUUUACUACGGCAGAAAGCGCAUCGCCAAAAAGAAGACUCAUGUGAAGAAGUGCACUUUGAACCCUGUCUUCAAUGAAUCCUUCAUUUACGAUAUCCCAGUGGAUCUUCUGCCUGACAUCAGCAUCGAGUUCCUGGUGAUUGAUUUCGACCGGACCACAAAGAACGAGGUGGUGGGGCGGCUGAUCCUGGGCGCGCACAGCGUGACAGCGGCGGGGGUGGAGCACUGGAGGGAGGUGUGUGACAGCCCGAGGAAACCUGUUGCCAAAUGGCACAGCCUGAGUGAAUAUUAGCAGGGGGUGCAGCAGCCACAGCCAACUCAUAGACCAGACUUCAGCCUUGUUUUAGCUGUAGAUCUAACCUUUCGUAAGAAGCAGCAGUUGAUUGGUUCUCUAGUGAUGUGAUUUUUUUGCAGGGCACUGAAAUUCUAAAAAGCAUUAAAUGGAAUUAAAAAAAAGAUACCACGAAUAUAUAUAACAGUGUAAUCACGCUAUUGCAUGCCUAAUACAAACUGAAAUUAGUAUAACUACCAAUAUCAAGUUGCAGGUUUUAAUACAAUUAUCUGUCACUAUGGAAGUUGUGUUUGUGCCGAACUGUCUUUGCUGGUAUUCACCAAGAUGGGCCUGUGUUUCUUAGGCUUCUCCCAAAGUUUCUGAAUUCUGCUGUUUAACCUCUAGUUUCUUGUUAGUUUGCCUGCUCAUUGGUUCUUGCAGUUCUGUUCUUUACUGGUUUGGGAGUACCAACUGCAUUGCCAUUGAAAGGUGGUUUAGAAUUCUGCACUAGCACAAAAGGAAAAUACAGGGAAAACUGGCACUUUCCUUCAGAGAAAAGAGAAUUCUGUUGUCAGGUACUGAAAUACUUGCUGUUGUGAUGGACUUGUUGAGCUGUAAGGCUUCAACAUUAAAGGUUUGCAUCUAAAAUUCAAACUCCAACAAUUUGAUCACGUUGCUUUUGCCACAUUACACUGGGCACAGGCAGGAUCUCCCAGACUACCAGAACUGGGGAAACUGUUUCAUUUUAUUUAACCCUGCCUGUGCAUCUAGGGCCCAAAAAAACAGCCAAAACCUGACAUGUCACUGUUUAGUAAAGAAACUCUUGCUGAUUAGGCAGGGACAACCUCUUGUCUCUUAUGCCCUGUGAUAGGAUGAGGGGCAAUGGAUUCCAACUGGAGCACAGGAAGUUCCACCUCAACAUGAGGAAGAACUUCUUUCCUGUGAGGGUGAUGGAGCCCUGGGACAGGCUGCCCAGAGAGGUUGCAGAGUCUCCUUCUCUGGACACUUUCAAGACCUGUCUGGAUGCCUUUCUGAGUGAUCUGCCCUAGAUUGAGUCCUCCUCUGGCAGGGGGGUUGGACUUGAUGAUCUUUGGAUGUCCCUUCCAACCCCCAACAUUCUCUGAUUCUGUGAUUCUUUUAAAUAUUAAAUGUGAAAUUCUACAGUGAUUGGUAAGUUCUGUGAUCAUCGUGAACUGUAGAUGAGGUAGGGAAGUAUCUUGGUGGAAGAGGUUUUGAGUGAAAAAAUUACAAAGCUUCAUUCAUACUUAAGAUAAUGUGCAUUAUAUGUGAUCUUGUAGUCACCUGAGAGCUGGCUCUCAAAAAAAGGAGUGAUCACAGGGCAAAGCCUGUUGGUACAAAGUGUGUCGGGCUCUUCCAGAAGUUAAUUUUCAGUUUCAAGGCAGCUUGAGUUAGUUCUUACACUGUGAAUGACUCCUGAGACUUAGGCUGUGCUUCCCAUCCCCUCUGAAGUGUAAAACUGUUACUUGCCAAGUGCAAUCUGUAGAACUUGAGGCUGUUAACCAUAACUAGUCAGGAGUUUUGAUCAGAAGUUCAUAGAGUCACAUCCCACAACUACAAGUUGGGAAGUAGCUCUCAGGGUAACACACCAGCCUGAGAAGAGGUUUUGUGCAGGCAACAGAAUCCUGGCAGGUAACUCCAUUUGGCUUCUUGCUACAUUCAAGCCAGGGAAGAUAUAGGGAUGAGAACUGGCAGCAAAUAAUUUAUUGUGAAUGUUGUUGGUCAACUGAGUGGUAAUAGUGACAACAGGCUGUAGAAAUUAAAAUUCUCUUUGAAGUCUCCAAUGGAAAUGUGAAACAGAUGUGAGCUGACACAGAGGCACGUAGAAGACCACAGAUUUUCAGUAAACAUUUAGUUGGUUCUGGGCAGCCAGUCUGUUCUGUGCCCUGUGUAAUGUAAAUUAUGUGUUUUAAUUUUAAAAAGUUAAGAUCAUUUAACUACUUACAGGGCUUGACUACUGAGUUGUAGAGCCCUGUUGGGAUAAUGGUCCUUUCCACCUUUGUACUAAUGGAAGUAGAAUAACUGAGCAAGUCCUACUGGGUUUCCUCUCCAGCCACCAUGUCAAGCAGCAGCUGCUGGGAUGGCUCUUUGCACAAACCCUCAGCACUUCAUUAGUUGGUGAUAUUUUGGCAUCUCUUCCUAAGAAUUUAUUUUUGGAAAGCUGAAUUUUCUCACUCACUGAAACUUCCUUCCAGGCAGUGUCUUUUUAGCAACAGAAGUCAUACUGAAGCUGAAGCUCUACCUCUCAGCCUGGCAUGGCAGACACAAGCAUGGACUUUGUUCCUGCUUUAUCAACCCUGAUGAGGAGGACUUCUGCCUGAGGUCAGAGUAGAUUUUAUCUUUGUCUUUGGGUUUCUAGCUCAUGCUCUAUUCGUGGCUCAGAGCCACAAGCCAGAGAACAAGUCCUCCCUUGGAAAUUGGUUUAGAUCUAUUUCACUCCAAGUUUUUGCACUAAGCAAUUGUGUGUUGCUGAAGUUCAGCAACUGUCACAACUUUUCCUGGGAACAUGCUUUCCAACACCACUCCAAACAUCUGAACAGGAAGCACUAACAACAACAAAAGUUCCUUUUUUCCCUUUGGUGUAAAAAGCAUGCUCCAGCACGGAUGAUCUCCUUCAGAUUCCUUUGGUUGAAAAGGAAAUAUUAACUUGUUGUCAAGGAAACAUGCUCAGGGUAAAUAGACUUAGGCUGUCGGGCAGAUGGGAGCAGCACCAACACUCUUGUGGAAUAAUAGGAAACUGAAGAUGUGCAGAUAUAUAUUUUUUAAAACGUAAAACAGACAGUAAGUGACAGCAGACUCACCGUAGUGAGUAACUCCCAGGUGUGGUUAUUCUUUACCUUGUGUCUUCUAUUGUAAAAAUUAACUUGGACAGUUACAACUUUGUGUGAAAAAAAGAAAAAAAAUAACAAAAAAAGGCAAAAAAACCUUAACUCGACGUGUGAAACUGCAUAAUGCUAUGAGCUAAUCUACUGAUGUAAUGCUACCUUGUCUGUUAGAUUUGUUAACGCACAUUGAGCGUGCAAAUAAAAAUUAAGUCACUUUA